CGGAGGCAAGGACAGCUGUCUGUUCAGGAGCUUUGCAGCAUGAUCAACAUAGCACUCACAAAGAGUGAAUGAAAUGUGCAGCUUGGAGUGUUGUUUCUGAACGGAGGAGUCUUUCUCUUGAAGAGGAGUUCUCAAUGAGCCUGGCCGAGGCCCGGGAUCUGUGUGAAGUGGACUAAGGAUUUAGUAGGAUGUCAACUGAGACAGAACUUCAAGUAGCUGUGAAAACCAGCGCCAAGAAAGACUCCAGAAAGAAAGGUCAGGAUCGCAGUGAAGCCACUUUGAUAAAGAGGUUUAAAGGUGAAGGGGUCCGCUACAAAGCCAAACUGAUCGGGAUUGAUGAAGUGUCUGCAGCUCGGGGAGACAAGUUAUGUCAAGAUUCCAUGAUGAAACUCAAGGGCGUUGUUGCUGGCGCUCGUUCCAAGGGAGAACACAAACAGAAAAUCUUUUUAACCAUCUCCUUUGGAGGGAUCAAAAUCUUUGAUGAGAAGACAGGGGCCCUUCAGCAUCAUCAUGCUGUUCACGAAAUUUCCUACAUUGCAAAGGACAUCACAGAUCACCGGGCCUUUGGAUACGUUUGUGGGAAGGAAGGGAAUCACAGAUUUGUGGCCAUAAAAACAGCCCAGGCGGCUGAACCUGUUAUUCUGGACUUGAGAGAUCUCUUUCAACUCAUUUAUGAAUUGAAGCAAAGAGAAGAAUUGGAAAAAAAGGCACAAAAGGAUAAGCAGUGUGAACAAGCUGUGUACCAGACAAUUUUGGAAGAGGAUGUGGAAGAUCCUGUGUACCAGUACAUUGUGUUUGAGGCUGGACACGAGCCAAUCCGUGAUCCCGAAACAGAAGAAAACAUUUAUCAGGUUCCCACCAGCCAAAAGAAAGAAGGUGUUUAUGAUGUGCCAAAAAGUCAACCUGUAAGUAACAGAAACCUGCCAUUGGACUAUGAUGAGAUUUUUGAGGCAACAAAGGCUGUGACCCAAUUAGAACUUUUUGGGGACAUGUCCACCCCUCCUGAUAUAACCUCUCCCCCCACUCCUGCAACUCCAGGUGAUGCCUUUAUCCCAUCUUCAGCUCAGACACUUCCGGCGAGUGCAGAUGUGUUUGGUUCUGUACCUUUCGGCACUGCUGCUGUCCCCUCAGGUUACGUUGCCAUGGGCGCCGUCCUCCCAUCCUUCUGGGGUCAGCAGCCCCUUGUCCAGCAGCAGAUCGCCAUGGGUGCUCAGCCACCAGUCGCUCAGGUGAUGCCGGGGGCUCAGCCCAUCGCAUGGGGCCAGCCGGGUCUCUUUCCUGCCACUCAGCAGCCCUGGCCCGCUGUGGCCGGGCAGUUUCCGCCAGCCGCCUUCAUGCCCACACAAACUGUUCUGCCUUUGCCAGCUGCCAUGUUCCAAGGUCCCCUCACCCCCCUUGCAACCGUCCCAGGCACGAGUGACUCUGCCAGGUCAAGUCCCCAGACCGACAAGCCAAGGCAGAAAAUGGGGAAAGAAAUGUUUAAGGAUUUCCAGAUGGCUCUGCCUCCACCUGUGCCCUCGCGCAAGCCCGACCAGCCCUCCCUCACCUGUACCUCAGAGGCCUUCUCCAGUUACUUCAACAAAGUCGGGGUGGCACAGGAUACGGACGACUGUGACGACUUUGAUAUCUCCCAGUUGAAUUUGACCCCCGUGACUUCUACCACGCCAUCCACCAACUCACCUCCAACCCCAGCCCCUAGACAGAGCUCUCCAUCCAAGUCAUCUGCAUCCCACGCCAGUGAUCCUACCACAGAUGACAUCUUUGAAGAGGGCUUUGAAAGUCCCAGCAAAAGUGAAGAGCAAGAAGCUCCUGAUGGAUCACAGGCCUCAUCCAACAGUGAUCCAUUUGGUGAGCCCAGUGGGGAGCCCAGUGGUGAUAAUAUAAGUCCACAGGCCGGUAGCUAGAUAGCGCAGGUCUGGGAGCCAGAGCCUCUCUAUGCGCAGAUCAACAGACCUAAGAAAUAGCAUCGAUGCAAGCUUGUGGUGGGUGCUUCAAGACUGGCAUGGAAAUCAGCACCGCGAUAGGCUCUCUUGUAUUCUUUCACCUCACUUCAUGCCACAAAGAAAUUCAUGAUUACCCAAUGGAACUCGUUUGGAAGAGGGAACUAAGCGUUUUUGGCAACCCAUGGCAGAUACCUAAUGGCAGCACACACACACA